GGGGGGUUGAAGAGAGUGGGAAGUCUUAUUUCAUAGGAGGCGACGAAGAUUUACAGUUUCUAAUAGUAAAGGAAUGAAAUAAUCACUUCAUACACUGAGUACUUUAAUUCUAAUGUUUUGAACACAAAACACAACCAGUGUCUCACAAACCAAGAGGAAAAAUAGUAGAAGUAUGCAACUUGCACCUGAAUAUCCAAAACAACGAACGGUAACAAGCAGGUAACUGCCUUGUCUGUCAUCAGUUCGUGUGUGGAAAAGAUUUCCUCAGAAUGAAAGAUUUAGCUGUUUAUCAUUAGCAUCUCGAAAUACGAUCUAACAUAUCCUAAAGCUCUUAUUUUCGGAAACAAGGCACGCGUCCCCUCAUCUCCUAUUUCGUGUCUGUGUGCAGCAGGCUAUCCAUCUAUCUAUCGGACAAAUCACUGCCAGCUGAGUGUCGGUAGUUUUCUUUUCUCCCGUAAUGGACCUCAAAUAUAUUAUCGCGUUCUUGUUUAGCUGCACCUUAUCCUACAGUUCUACAUCAGGGAUGAGAUACAACUGUUCCAAUGCUGACUUGAUGUUGGUUGCCUGUGGCCCCUCUAACUCUUCAAGGGAUCAAUGUCUGAGUUGGGGUUGCUGUUGGAAUUCAUCACUGGCUUCUGAAAAUGCAACACAAUGUUAUGGAAUAGCAAAUAAUCAGACCUCCAACAACUCAACACACACAACAAGUGUUCCCAUGACAACGACAAAGAACCCAAGUACCAGGGAAUCUCUUUCGACCACAGCAGGUCCCAAGGGCACGUGCCAGGUGUAUCGUGACCGGCCGUUGUGUGACAAUUGGUUAAACGUCACUAUGUUGGAACACCGCUGGACACCACGAUAUACAGACAACAGGUUCGGUGUGAAUGGAACGGAAGCAAUGAUAGCCGCCUUCAUGUAUGUCAUUAAUCGAAUAGACGGUCAAGAGAAAUGUAAAAAUAUUUUAAGGCCCCUUGUCUGCGAGUACUUCUUGCCACCGUGUAACGAAAACAACGAGCCUUACAGCUACUGCAGAGAAGACUGCGAAGCUCUGUUUGAUGUGUGCGACUUGGCCAUGCGAGAAAUCCUGGGAGCGGCAAAGUAUUUUCAUAAAGAACCAGGAAAGGACCUUGCUCAUGCUUCAAUGCCCAACUGUACCCAACUCCCUUAUUCUGCUGACUCCAGACCUGGCAAUCCCACCUGCAUUCCUUUUGGACUCUUAAACUUCACCACCGCUGAGCCAAGCAUGGAGCAAAGGACGGGAUCCUCACUGAAGUUCAACACGACUGCCAUAGCUGCUGCGAUAGCUGGUGCCGUUACUCUUCUUGUCAUUAUCGUCAUUAUCGCUUGUAUCUUGCAGAGACGAAAAAGAAAACCACUGAAACUGUCGAAAGACAUCAAAAGCGUGACAUUUACAGCUAUGACCAUGAGAGACAGAAUUAGAGCCCUCGACGAGAACAAAGUCCUGAGUCUGUUUAAUCCUGAUGACAUAAAGCAGCUUCCGCUGACCAGUAUAGAGUAUGUACGAGACCUUGGAUCCGGGAACUUUGGUUUAGUAUUUUUGGGGAAGACGUACGGUUUGAUUGAGGGAAAAGCCGAUGUAGAGUUGAUGGUUGCUGUAAAAACUCUGAAAGAAGGAAGCUCUACGGAAACUAAGGAAGAUUUUUUCCAGGAAGUUGCUUUGAUGUCUGUCCUACAUCAUGAAAAUAUCGUUGAAUUAUUAGCAGUCUCUACAGAUGAAGAACCUUAUGGAAUGAUAUUUGAAUUCAUGGAUUUAGGGGAUCUUAAUGAAUACCUCAGAAAAGCCGGACCUUUCUUUGAAGGCGAAGAGAAAGAAAAAGUCAGUCUCACGGCAGAUGACUUGAUGUCCAUCUCAUUACAAUGUGCUGCUGGCAUGGAACACCUUCAGAUGCUCCGAUUUGUUCACAGGGACGUGGCUACAAGAAAUUGUCUUGUGGGUACAGGUCUCAUUGUAAAGAUCGCUGACUUUGGAAUGUCUAGAGACAUCUACGCUUCGGACUACUACAAGGUGGAAGGCCAGGCUAUGUUACCAAUCCGCUGGAUGCCUCCCGAGGCUUUACUGCUUGGAAAAUUCACCGUGGAGUCUGAUAUUUAUUCGUUUGGUGUCCUUUUGUGGGAAAUCUACACUCUUGCUCUGCAGCCUUAUUAUGGCUACACAAAUGAAGAAGUUGUGGAGUUUAUUAAACAGGGGGUAGUUCUGGGUCAACCCGACGACUGUCCGGACCACGUGUACCAAAUAAUGAAGAGUUGUUGGCACAAAGAUGCUUCACAAAGACCCAACUUUACCUUGAUGAUAGCUCAGCUCAAACAGGAAGUGACGUCGCCCACCCAUUCACUUGACCUUCCGUUAUCAGUCCACGACAAGCAAUCGUUGUACCAGAACAUCGGGUUCUCGGCAGAAGAGUUCAAAGAGGAGACCCCCAUUGAGAAGAAACCUACCAAGAAGAUUUCCGAGCAAGCUCCAGGUACCCCUGAGAAUGGUCACGUGCACCCAAGCUCGGGUUACGUUAAUGUAGCUUUAAACCUUGGCGUUGUGUAAGAUGAUAAGGCUUGAUGAAAAUCAACGAAUUAUGAUGCGUUCGAACGUAUAUAAAUACCCAAACGUACUUGCUCGUGGCUAGAACUGAAAUCUGUUCAAAGAUAUCAUAAAUAUAUAUUACUACGCAAGUUAAUGAUGAUGAUGAUGAUGAUGAUGAUAAUGAUAUUAAUAAAUAACAACCACAACAACAGUAAAAAAUUGUACAAUGUAGUUCCGACGAUUGAAAUGGAUUUUUCAUCCUCUCUUGGAGAACCGUUUGUGCAUGAGGUUUGUAAUUUUGCAUCUGUUUGGUUGUGAUUUUGUUUUUUUAAGUUUAUUACCAUAUUCUGAGGUUGAAAUGACGUUUCAGUUUGUAACGAUUCACAUCGUCAGCAUUUUUCCUAGAGUACAGUGACUAGUGCAUUAUUCACUUCCUGUGAAGCAGUUAAUGUGUGAUAUUAUAAGUUUAAGGAGCGAAUUGUUAGACCAUUUAAACCACAGAAUUAACAUUUUCCAGGACAAUAAGGCAAGCAGAAUCGUACAAAUUCUCUUGUAAUUAUGCACUGAACAGAACGAGCAGCUAUCUAUUGCUGUGCAAUAUUUACCAUAAGCAAAAAUGUUUGUAUUACAAAUAACCAAAAAUAUAUUGGUUUUUUUUAAAAAUAAAUGCUGUAAAGGCAAGCUGCUGUCGUUUUUGCAGAAUUGGAGGAAUUUAAUGUUUCAAUAUUCAACAUGUUUCCUAUUGUAAACUGGGCGCAUUUUUAUGUCUGCAAAUCGUGGAAUCAACAUUUAUCAGGAUAGGAUAGAAAGAAGGAGUUGUAGUGGAAUCUGGCAAAUGCUUUAUUUGUAACUACGAGUUUUCUCAUAUGGUAUGGCUAGAAAACAUAUAUAUUGUAAAACAUUGACUCUGAGGCGUUAUCCGCGCAGACUCAGUUGCAGACUGCACGCCUCAAGGAUGGUGCUUUUAAGUUUUAUUGUAUAAUUUAAAAACACUUUUCUAAGUUUAGAGGCGCACCUUCAGUAUUUUACUAUUUGUUUUUUUUUUUUUUGUAUUUUCUGGUUGUACAAGGCCCCUCAAACUAGAAACUUUUAAAGACUUUUAAAAAUAUAACCGCAUAUAAGUAACGGUUAUGGCCUCACAGAGAGAGCUCACUGUCAGUGUGCAAUAGCUAUUUUUGGAAAUUUACCAAAACACAAUCUUUACGAGUACAUACAAAUAAAUGUAUACACGCUAUUUGUGAUA